UGUUACCAGUGAGUGGGGAAGAAGUUGAGGCGCUUAUCUAAAGCGCGCUCACAGUUGAAAUAUUGGGGCCACAUGCAUCGGCAAAAGACGAGAACGCGCGCCCUGUGUCUUCUCUGCUUCCCUCUCCGAUACUGUCGUUUCCUGCAUUCCAGUUGAUUGGGAAGGGGGCCGGGACGACCACUGAGUAGCGAAAUUCUGGGAUAAGAUGGAGGUUUGCGAGAUACUUUUGUGCCUGGCCGUGGUGUCCAGCGUUCUCUGCGUUGGCUCGGUUCUGGGGAAAUACGUGAGAGGUAUCGUCAACACCAAGGAGGACUGGUUGUUCCUCACUCGCUUCUGUUUUCUCACUGAUUUUGGACGUCUGGACUUCCGGUUCCGCUACCAAAAGUCGCGAUGCUGUCAGAAUAUAUUGCUCUACUUUGAUGACAGCUCUCAGUGGCCAGCUGUGUACAAGAAGCCAGACAAGGACUGCUACCAGAAGGAGGCAGUGUUGAGGCCAGAGAAUAACCAGGUUAUCAACCUGACCACGCGCUACACAUGGUCUGGCUGUGUGGUGGAAGGAGAGGGAGAUGAGGAGGUGCUGAGUUGUGUGGGAGGUCGUAGUUUCCGCUCGGUGAGGGAGAGAUGGUGGUACAUCGCUCUCAGCAAGUGUGGGGGGGAAGGUUUGCAGCUGGAGUACGAGAUGAAGCUGACCAAUGGCCAGUCUUUCUGGACACAGCAUUUCUCUGCAGACGAGUUUGGGAUCCUGGAAACUGACAUCACGUUCCUGGUUAUCUUCUCCCUGGUCUUCAUCCUCUCAUGUUAUUUUGCCUAUAAUCUGAAAGGAAGGCAGCUUCUCCAUACGACAUAUAAGAUGUUUAUGACUGCGGCUGGUGUAGAGGUUGUCAGCCUUCUGUUCCACUGUAUCUACUGGGGCCUGUAUGCCAGAGAUGGAGUGGGCAACGGCAGUCUCAAGAUAAUGGGGAAAUUCCUGUUCUCUGUCAGUUUCCUGGUGUUCCUGCUGAUGCUGAUCCUGCUGGGGAAAGGCUUCACUGUCACCAGGGCGAGGAUCAGCCACAGUGGCUCUGUCAAGCUGUCCAUCUACAUGACAGUCUACACCGUCACCUAUAUCAUCCUCUUCAUAUACGAGGCAGAGUUCUUUGACCCAGGUGAAGUGCUGUAUGCAUAUGACAGCCCGGCGGGCUACGGUCUGAUGGGUCUCCAGCUGCUGGCCUACGUGUGGUUCUGCUACGCCGUCCUGAUCUCCCUCAAACACUACCCUGAGAAACAAUCCUUCUACAUCCCCUUCUUCACGGCAUACACACUCUGGUUUUUCGCGGUGCCCGUCAUGGCACUGAUAGCUAACUUUGGCAUCCCUCGCUGGGCACGGGAGAAGAUCGUCAAUGGCAUCCAACUGGGCAUCCACCUCUAUGCUCACAUCGUAUUCCUCGCUAUCACGCGGCCCUCUGCGGCCAAUAAGAACUUCCCGUACCACGUGCGGACCUCUCAGAUCGGGAUCCUGCUGUCUAGUCCGAAGGCGGGUGUGGCGAGUGAGAGUUUCCCCCACCACGCCUAUGGGAACAGCUCCUUCCUGGGCGACUCCCAGCCCAACUUCACAGAACUGUUCUCCAUCCAGUCGGGCCCAGUGAAGACGGUGGAGGAGACGGUGGCCCGGAAGGGACAGGAAGUGCAGAGGAACAGUGAGCAUAAGAUCAUCACCACCACGGCCGACCUGUCGUCACCCACCUUCCCCCCACUCCCUCCCCCUAUGCCCCCCCGCCUCUCUGCCCACUCCCCCCUUCCCCCUCCACGACUCCCCUCCCACUUUACUGAGUACUUCAGCAUGCAGGGGGGAGGGGGCGUGGGCACCAAGGCAUGAGACAGACAGAGAGAAAGAGGGACACAGAGAGAAGGAGAAAGAUUGAAAGGGAGGUGGAGGAAGAUCAGGUAGCACAGAAAACAGGUCAAGCUAUGUAUAGCCACGAGGGAAGGAGGGAUGGAUAUAAGGAGGAAGAGAAGGGGGAGUCAUAAGCAGACAUGUGGAAUAGAAGUUUGAAACGGCCCAUUUUCACCUCUAAAUAGAGAGAAUGGGAAGAGAGCUGAAUAAAGAAGAGGAAAUGGCUGUGAGUUAAAGUGCUGAGCUUGUAAAAGAAAAAAAUAAGCAAUAAAUAUUUGAACAUGAGCAGGGAGAGAGGCACCUGGAGGGAGAGAUGACAGAGUGGAUGUAGCCUGACCAAUAGAAUGAUAGGAGCGCACAGUGGAGACUGAACAAAACUCCUAUGAACACUUUUAUUCAAGAAUUUAUAAGGCAUCAAUGGAGGGGCUGAGGGAAACGUGUAAAUAGCUGAAGAGAAUGAGUUACCAUUACUCUAAAAUAGUUGCAGAGUUUAUAUUACAAAAGGGAUGUUUUUUUCCCACAUUGUCAAAUUCCAAGUGGUGCUGUGACCAUUGCAGUUCUCAUGCCAUUACAUUGUACAAGAGUAAAAUGUUCACUCACAUCCUGAAACAAUACAUUCAUGUUUUUUUCUUCAUGUUUGACAGAUGAUGUUAACACAAAAUAUUGAAUUUCUCCAUAUAGAAUAUGUUGGGAUGAUUUAUAUUCUUAUGUAUGUUGAUUGCUCCAGGCUAUAGGAUUGAUAUACUGAUGUUUAAGUGUACAAUGUUAGGUUUACUGUGGACCAGAGGUACUGCUAAAACAAGCAUGUACUCCCUGUCUCUAAACGGAUUAUACUCCAUGUGCUCAUACAGUGCGCGUGCCUGUUGUACUACUAAACAAUAACUGUAUAUAUUUCAUACCAUAUAGGCUACUGAGGAGGUGUUAAUGUCACUUCUUCUGGAUUUCUAUUGGAACCUUAUGUCAUACUGUCCACAGACAACUGUUUUAACUCUGAAUACUACUGUUCAGUUUUCACUGGAGUGCAAGAUAUUAGCUUGCUCUGAAUGUUAUUCCUUGAUGUAUGUAGACCUUGGUGAAUGUAUUAAUGCAAUAGAGCACAAGGAAAGGGGUGGUUUUAAAGUUACAUUUUCAACUUUGUUUUUUACAUAGAAAUCAUACUUAUAGCUUGUUUUACUUUCAAUUUCAGCCUCCAUCCUUGACACAUGAUUUAAGGAGGGAAGGUUGUCCAGCGAGGAUAUGAACUAACUUCACAAUCACCCCCCCCCCCCCCCCCAACUAGUAUGUAAUGAUGUCAUGUCAAACCUGUACAUGUCUGUAUGUAUGGCCGUUUCCCUCAGUGAAGUUGUACAUCUGAUCUGAUACUGUGUGAGGGGCUCAUUGUUGUUUAUCCAUAAGUAGGAACAGUAGUUCUUCCUGAACAUGAAAAGUCCUGCGCCCAUAAACAACUUAAGCAAACCUUUUAAGAGUAACUGUGAAAGUAGUAGCACCAACGUCCUGUUUGUCCUGCAUGAAGCACUUUAAUGUUCCCCUUCUCUUAGUUUUUCUGUUCCGCCAUUUAUUUCAAAGUGACUUUGAAUAGCGCUUUUACCUGAAUUAUACUCAUCCACACACUACAUCCAAUGAUAUUCCGGUAUCAAAUAUACAAAUAUUACCUGUAGAUAUGUUCAUAUUAAUCAAUGUCAUCAAGUGUCAUUAUGAGACAUUUAAAAAUGUACAUGUAUCUUAAUAACAUGAAGUUGAUUAAAUAGCCUAAUGAUAUCAAUGUAAGGGGGAGGGUGUAAUUCAUAAGACGGUGUCAAGGCCAAUUUACCACCUGUUUCUUCUAAGAAAUGGAAAUAAUGGAAGUAAUCAACUACAUUGUAUUUUUUUGUAUAACUUGUUAAUAUCCGAGUAUGAAACAAGUAAUUCUCUUUAAUAUUUUUUUUAUCCAAUCUGUAAAAAAAAAAGAAAAAAGGUGUGGGGUAAAGAAUGGUGGUUAAUUGACUGUUUCUAAUGGUUUAAUUAAUAGCCCUUUAUUGUCUUUCUGUAGUAAUGUCUGGAGUAGGCUUGGUUUGGUCAGACUGGUACAGCACAUGUUAUGCACAUGAGAACAUACAGUCAAAGGUAUAAUGUAGUCUGUAAAAAAGAAUGAUACUUGAAUUAGAUUGUUCUGGUGCUCCAAAGGUUUUGUCACUGUAGACGUAUACUGUUGAAGUCGGAAGUUUACAUACACUUAGGUUGGAGUCAUUAAAACUAGUUUUUCAACCACACCACAAAUUUCUUGUUAACAAACUAUAGUUUUGGCAAGUCAGUUAGGACAUCUACUUUGUGUAUGACACAAGUAAUUUUUCCAACAAUUGUUUACAGAUUAUUUCACUUAUAAUUCACUGUAUAACAAUUCCAGUGGGUCAGAAGAUUAUACACUAAGUUGACUGUGCCUUUAAACAGCUUGGAAAAUUCCAGAUAAUUAUGUCAUGGCUUUAGAAGCUUCUGAUAGGCUAAUUGACAUAAUUUGAGUCAAUUGGAGGUGUACUUGUGGAUGUAUUUCAAGGCCUACCUUCAAACUCAAUGCCUCUUUGCGUGACAUCAUGGGAAAAUCAAAAGAAAUCAGCCAAGACCUCAGAAAAAAAAUUGUAGACCUCCACAAGUCUGGUUCAUCCUUGGGAGGAAUUUCCAAAUGCCUGAAGGUACCACGUUCAUCUGUACAAACAAUAGUAUGCAUGUAUAAACACCAUGGGACCACGCAGCCAUCAUACUGCUCAGGAAGGAGACGCUUUCUGUCUCCUAGAGAUGAACGUACUUUGGUGCGAAAAGUGCAAAUCAAUCCCAGAACAACAGCAAAGGACCAUGUGAAGAUGCUGGAGGAAACAGGUACAAAAGUAUCUAUAUCCACAGUAAAAUGAGUCCUAUAUCGAUAUAACCUGAAAGGCUGCUCAGCAAGGAAGAAGCCACUGCUCCAAAACAGCCAUAAAAAAAGCCAGACUACGGUUUGCAACUGCACAUGGGGACAAAGAUCGUACUUUUAGGGGAAAUGUCCUCUGGUCUGAUGAAAUAAAAAUAGAACUGUUUGGCCAAAAUGAACAUCGUUAUGUGUGGAGGAAAAAGGGGGAGGCUUGCAAGCCGAAGAACACCAUCCCAACUGUGAAGCACGGGAGUGGCAGCAUCAUGUUGUGGGGGUGCUUUGCUGCAGGAGGGACUGGUGUACUUCACAAAAUAGAUGGCAUCAUGAGGCAGGAAAAUUAUGUGGAUAUAUUGAAGCAACAUCUCAAGACAUCAGUCAGGAAGUUAGAGCUUGGUCGCAAAUGGGUCUUCCAAAUGGACAAUGACCCCAAGCAUACUUCCAAAGUUGUGGCAAAAUGGCUUAAGGACAACAAAGUCAAGGUAUUGGAGUGGCCAUCACAAAGCCUUGACCUCCAUCCUAUAAAAAAAAUUGUGGGCAGAACUGAAAAAGCUUGUGCGAGCAAGGAGGCCUACAAACCUGACUCGGUUACACCAGCUCUGUCAGGAGGAAUGGGCCAAAAUUCACCCAACUUAUAGUGGGAAGCUUGUGAAACACUACCCAAAACAUUUGACCAAAGUUAAAUAAUUUAAAGGCAAUACUACCAAAUACUAAUUGAGUGUAUGUAAACUUCUGACCCACUGGGAAUGUGAUGAAAGAAAUAAAAGCUGAAAUAAAUAAUUCUCCACUAUUAUUCUGAUUUUUCACAUUCUUAAAAUAAAGUGUUGAUCCUAACUGACCCAAGACAGGGAAUUUUUACUGGGAUUAAAUGUCAGGAAUUGUGAAAAACUGAGUUUAAAUGUAUUUGGCUAAGAUGUAUGUAAACUUCCGUUACAGUCCACUGUUGUUCAUGGUUACGGAUGCCAUUACUUGACUGAAUAGAUUGAUUUUGACAGGCUGGUUCCAUUCAUCCUGUACAACAAGCUGCAUGAUCAACUUAUCUAUGGUAUUUGUCUAUUAUACACAGACACAAGUGGAAGAGCAAAGGGAGAGGAGUGAGAGGGUUUUAUAUGCAUAACAGACAACAGCACAGCUUCCUGGGUAUUUAGAGAGGUCUGGUUAAGAGCACAUUACUGAAGCACUGUUCGAAAUGAAUGCAUUUUAAUGGUGUCAAAUUAGAAUAUUCUGAAUAUGCUGUACAUACACUUUUUGCCAAAUUAAAAUGGUUGGUUUUACUAGA